CUGCCCGCUCCAGUCUGCCGUCCUGCUCACUACCGCUUUUGCCUUCAAUGUAGUGAAUGAACGAAGCUACAAAUGCAGAGUCAUACCAAACCUCUGAGCGCAGAGCGACGGGAAUCACGGUGUUGAGAUUAUAAAUAGUCUGAAGACACUCCAGCGAAUUAUUUCUGUACAAGCAGGCUGCUGGACAUGGAGCCUCACGUCUACGCGAAGAUGUUACUUGACCAUGCCACAACUCUGAAGCUGCACACGGGCAACCUGGUGAACCGCAGUCGGCUCAAGAAGAAAUGUCCGUCUUCCCAAAGUGAGGAGCUUCAGGACUGCAUCAGAGCAACGCUUAGUGAGUGGUUUGCGUCUAUACCCCCAGUUACGGAACCAGAAUUGUCCCGGAUUCUGGAUUGCACAAUCCCACAGAAUACAGAGGCCAUCACACCAGAGGAGAGAGAGGAACUGAAGGUUUCUGUCAAGCUGUUUCUAAGCGAGUCUGAUUGUUCAUCUGUCCGAAAUGCUGUGGAUAUGGCUUGCGCGUCGUUGGGCGUGUCUCAGCUGGACUCUGUGAUCAUCGCUCCUCCUUUGCUGUCAGAGGGUGAGAAUCUGGCCUUGGCUCACCUGCAGCCUUUGUGGGAGGAGCUGGAGGGGCUUGUUCACAGCCAGAAGGUUGCAGCUAUUGGCACCUCAGACUUGGACAAGACCCUGCUUGAGCAGCUGUACAACUGGGCACAGGUGAAGCCCAGCAGUAACCAGGUAAAUCUGGCUUCCUGCUGCGUGAUGCCUCCAGACCUCACUGCGUUCGCUAAAGAAUUUGAUAUCCAGUUGCUGACACACAAUGACCCUAAAGAGCUGAUCAGUGCAGAAGGCUUUCAGGAGGCUGUACAGGAGAGCAGUAAGGACCUGCAGGUGGCAGACUGGAGGCUGGAGUGGGUCUUGCGGUACUCCAUCAUCGUCAAAAGCCGAGGCAUCAUCAAAGCCAAAGGUUACCUCAUUCAUGCUAAAAAGAAGAUCCAGUAGGCAUGUCCCAAAACAAGAUUUGGGUCAACUAUACUUCAGUCCACCUUACUUGUGGAAUUUGCAAAAGUAGAUUUUAGCUUCUUACUUAAUGUUCUUUAAUGAAAUGUAUGUUAUCAGAUUUAAAUUUUUGUCCUGAUUGGUGGAAAGAUGGAAAUUGAAGUUCAGCUGAGUAUGUUGAGAAAUCUCUUUUUUCAAAGCGUUUUUGACCUAAACAGGUCUGGGUUGUUAUCCAACCUUUGUAUCCUACUCCAUUGCAUGGGGUGUGUUUAUGAAUUUACAUAAUGUAGAUAACCAAUGUCUAACAGAGUUAACGUACCAUACCAUGCUCAAAUCUGUUCAAGUGCCUCGUUUUGUUAGUAAUACAUUGACUUGCGUUUGUCAAUUCUAAACAGAUACUACAGAGAUUUAAAAAAGUCAUCUUAACAAAAAAUAAAUAAAUAAAUAAAAAUUCCACAUUAGGGAACAUGGAACCAUAAGUUAGGUUUUUAAAGAGUGACAGAAGUGUGUUUCUGGAAGCACAGAAUUUAAUCAAAGUUAACUUUGAUGAGGCUAAAUAACAUGUAGAAGUCAAUAAUUACCAAAAGUUUACUGAAAUUGAUUUUACAGAUGGUUACAUUGUUAUUGCUUUAUAUUUUUUGUUCUUGUCUCUGUUUGAUGUUUAGAAUGCCAGUUUUUCAACUCCGCUGGUGUUUGGUGUCAUUUAUUUUUAAGUACUGCUACCCUUGAAACAUGUACACAGAUAUGUGGCUACUUGUCAUUUACAUAUUUUGAGAUUCAUAUGUUGCAGCCCUGUCUAAAACUUUUACUUUAGUGAGAUAUUGCAGGUAUUUAAUGGAGAAGUAUGGAAUAACUGACACACUGUAAGCAUGCAUGGCAUGGUACAUGUGUUCAUUGUAUAUAAAACACUGGAAAAUUCCACACUUGAAAGAAAGUUAUGAUUGUUUCUGAUAAGUUGAUUAUCUGAAAAUAUAUAUUUUUAUGUGUGUUUAUUUAUUCAUCAUAAUGACAAUUUAUAUUUGGGUCCACAAUGAAGAUCUCAGUACUGUACCUGUAAUUACUGUUUUUGAAUGUGCCCAUGUAAGUUGUAAUGUGUUUUUAACUGGGUUUAUAAAUCUAAAUCUGAAACACGGA